GGAUGACCGACGACAGCUGGGCCGACUCCCUGCCGCCCCGCAUUCCGCGGCGGCGUGGCAGGCAGAAGGCCGCUGUGGCCAGGGCUGGCGCGACUGGAGAUGUGGCGCCUGGCGCGGCGGCGGUGCCUCCUGGGGCGCCCGCGGCUGCCUCGGCGUUCGCUGUGGCCGCUGCUGGACCUGCAGGCGCGAUUGCGCCCCCCGCGGACGAGGGCGAGUCUGGCGAACGCGCGGCGCUGAUCGCAGAGCUCGUGACGCUGUACUCUACGCCCGUGGACGUGCCCAUCUACUCGGCCCUCACGCUCGACCACCGGCGGACCCUCGUCUGGGCGGUGCGCAGGGCGAAGUGAGAGGGCUGACCCUCCUGGGCCCCGCUGCCGCCUCGUGGUUGGGCUAGCAUGCCCCAGGUGCGCAGUGGGUGAUCCCAGGGGGGCCCUUCCCUUUUCGUUUGCUGCACGUGUGAGCCUCUCACGGAACCUCGGUUGCAGUACAGCGACUGGGGCCCCAUAUUCGAUAGCCUGCUGUCGUGAGUCUCGGCUGACAACACUGCAGACGGCGCCC